CUUUUAGAUACUUUUUUGCCAAUCCAAAUAUGAUUACAAUUAUUGUCAGUAGUAGUGAUUAAUUAAAUUUAAUUGAUACUGUACAAGUUCAAUCAAUGAUACAGAAAGUACCAUAGACAAAAUGAUUUCACCCCAAUAAGUUAUAAGGUCAUAUAAACCAGGAUCCUUAACAACGCUAUGGGAUUAAAAGGUAUAAUAUUUGCCAUAGAAGCUGGCAGCUGCGCUGCAAUGGCAUCAGUGUCAGCCAAAUUAGCAGCAAGUUCAGAAACAGCAAUUUCUCUAUCAAAAAUGGCCAUAUCAUGGGCAGAACAAAUUAUACCACUUGAAUUUCUUCAUUAUGAGUAUGAGGUAAAGAAGAGGUCUAAUAUUAAGCAGUUGCGGAACACUUGAUUUACGUUACUUUUUGUGUUUCUCUCCAUCCUCUGCUACUAAUUUAUCAAUCAAUGUUAUGAAUCAGUGCCAGACAAACUUAAGGCAAAUGAGGCAUGUGUGAUGUGCCAAGGGGCUUUGUGCCAUUUAGGAGCAACGGGACAAGAGAUCCAUUUAAGUAGGUGGGAGGGGGGAUAACUUGAUUUCAUUAGUAUUUUUAAUUACAUAAUGAUAUUUUACUACUAUAGAGCAGGCGUGCACAACAUAGGGCCACAUGCGGCCUGCCAGCAUCCACUUUGCGGCCCGCAACAUAAUGAAAUAUCAUUUUUUAAUUAUUACUUUCUUAAAAGUUAUUUAUCAAUAGCUUUCCCUCCGUCCUAUUUUCUUUUGGCCUGUUGAAGUUUUUCAUUACGGCUCGCCUUACAUUUUGAGUUGUGCAGGCGUGCUAUAGAGUACAUGCCUACACUGAGGUGCCAUAUGGGCAUCUCUAUUCAUAAUAUAGGGAUACAACCUUUUCCUAAUUGGGUAAUUAUCAAAGGGUUUUUUCCCCUAAAAAAAGUAAAAAAAAAAACAAAUAGAAAUUAUAAGACAUUUUUCCUUUCUCAGUCUCAGUAAUAAUAUUUAACAAAAGUUUGACCUGAACUGAAGGAAAUAGAUAAUUCAUAGAAGAUGGAGCAGUUGCGUAUGGGGUCAAAAGUGAAUCAUCUCACAGAUACAUAGAUUAUUUAAUGUUAGGCCAAUAUAUAAACCUCAAAGAACUGCCCUAGGUAUUCUACUGGGGGAGGCGAAAUUUCGAAUGCCUAGGGCCAUCUACAGGUCUCAAUCUGGUACUGAUAUGAUUUUCAAUAAAUACUUUACAUUUUUUUUAGUUUUAAAAAUAAUUUUUCCUGACCCAUUAAAAAUAUCUUAUGGUAUUUUAUUGAUGUAUUACUAUUAGUUGGGCUUCCUUUAUUAUAAUGUAUCAAUAUGUUUUUUUUACAGGUAGCCAUUAUACUCAGAGUUGCUGGAAUCUCAGGAAUAUUUCUAUUUAAUGCACUCAUGUGGGUGCUCUUUACAAAGUCCAUGCAUUUAUGUUCUUCUGCAUUAGAGGCAACUGCAUUCAACACCUCAUCUAAUUUUAUUACCACGGUAAAUAUCAACUAGGAAAAGGGUGUGGGAUCCUUGGCCCACAUUCCACACCAAAGAAUUUUGUUAACACUUGAAACUGACAACGUAACUUAAAAGUAUUUUUUAAAAGUACUAGUAUUUAAAUCACACAAAAAACCCCAACAAAACCCAUGCCGUUUUAAUCUGCAGAGUAGCAAGAAAUACUUUUUAGGUAAAAUUUUCAUAGUUAAAUUUUUUAUUCAUUCAAUCUUUCUUGAGCGAGUACCUGGUAAACGCUGUUAAAUGUUAAUUUUUAUUUUAUUAAACAAGCUUGAUAUUUUUUAAAUUAAUUUUAAAAUUCUCCAAAUAAGCAAAAGACACAAAAUAAUAGGCUAUUGAUAAUGCUAUUAUGUUUCACAACAAAAUUUUGGUGGGCUCAUGAGAAUAUUUGAAAGAUUUUGAUUUUGGCACAUUCAAUUAAAAAGCUUGUCUUGUAAAAAUUUGGGCCAAAGCAAGGACUAGUUAACCAGAUGAGAGAAUGGUGUAAUAGAUUUACCUACCUUUGCUGAAGAUAUUGAGUAAAGAAGUAUCACGACAAAAUACUACUAGUAUAUUAUUUAUAAUAAAUUAUCUUUAGUCAUGUGUAGAAAUUUUCGUUUAAAUAUAAAUUUAGAAAUGAAGUGUUGUACUCUAACUAGGGGUGUGCCGGAUCCGUUUUUUCCAACCGGAUCCGGAUUUUCUUAUGCGAAAUCCGCCGGAUCCGGAUUCCGGUUUCUCCCGGAUUCCGGAUUUUGGUACUAUUGGUAGAUACUUCGGUAAGUCAAGGUGGACUACUACUUUUUGUGUAUGGGAAUUCGCAAUCGGCGCCAAAAAAUCCGAGUUUUUAAUUUUCCGAUGUGUGUGUCUAUUUAUUAUUAAAUUAGUACUUUCGAUAUAUAUUUGAGUUCCGUUCCAUUUGGAUAAGUGUCUUACGAGAGACGCCAUGUUUCUACGCGUUCGCAGCAGGUUAUGCAGCUCGCUCAACCUAAUUUCGCCAUGGGGUUGGCCACGCCCCCCUUUUUAAUGGCGGAAGUUGACGAUACUUAGGAAAUAUUAAUUUAUUAUCACUAUUUACAUCAAAAUAAUUGAUAACUUGUGUUUCAGAAUGCAUUUAAAGACAUUUAAACUGGAAUGUUUUAAUUUGAGCUUUAACAACCCGGUAGAAUCCAUAUUAUAAAUGAUCAGAAUUUACCGUGUGCAACACGUUGUCAUUGGCAACCAUUCACAGCCACUUGCAUAACUGUAUCGUAGUACUACCUCAGAGUUUCAUUCAUAAGAGUUUGCCGUGUGCAAAAACUAUUAAACCAUUGGUCAGGGAAAGCUUUAAUUAAUUAUUCAUGUGCCAAAGUUGAAAGUUUAAACUAAGUCUAAACAGUAUUUUAGUGAUAAGGCAGGGAAUGCGUUGCCUUAUAUAAACUAUAUAGUCAUUGCGCAUGACGGGAUUGGCGGAAUGAGAUCACAGAAUGUGGAGAUGCAGUCCAUGUUAAAAAAUGACAAACCAAGUCGUACUUUAAAAAUUCAUAACUUUAAAACUACAACAGCUAAAAAUAUGAUUUUGGUGUUAUAAUUCUUUAAAAAAUUACAUCUUUUCAAAUAUGCCAUUGGUUUAUUUUUACAAAAAGUUUAAAUUUUCUUAUCAAAGUCCCUACACUAUUGGCCAAUAUUAGCGGUGCUGACUCUAGCCUCUGGUAUGUACGGAAUAUUAAACAUUAAACAAGCUCAACGCUCGAAACAAUCGAUUAAUGUAUCGUGAUCGUGUGGAAUUCGGGAAAGAGAAUUACUUUUAUUUCAGAUUAUGAUCCGGUGAGUCACAAAAUCUGGCAAAUUCCGAAAUCCGGUAUAUUCCGGAUUCCGGAAUCCGGUUGUUCCGGAUACAUGUAAAUCCGGCGGAACCGGAUUUCACCGGAUAGUGCAAAAUCCGGCGGAACCGGAUUCCGGACCGGGGUCCGGCACACCCCUAACUCUAACUAAAAGUAUUUAUUUCAUUCUUUCUUUAACUUUAAUCAGGCCAUAAUCGGCAAACUUUUGUUUGGAGAGCAUUUGAGCUUGUUGUGGUACUUGGGUUCCUCACUAAUUAUAUUUGGACUGACAAUCCUGCAUUCUGCUUCAAAAGAUCAGGAAACUGACCAACAAAACCAAGACAAAAUAGAACAAAAAGAGAAAGUAUUAUAGUCAUAGCAAAGAAAAAGUAAGUAUGUUCUGAUAAAAAUGACUAAUAUUAAUUUUUAAAAUAUCAUUUAAAGUAAUUUGGAUUUUAUUCUUUUAAUUAUUGUGCAAAAUUUGUUUGUUUAUUCGUGAAAUUAAAAGUGAAAACAUGUUUGGAAUAGUUGUCAUAAUUAUAUUUACAUUUUAUAUGUAUUCAACUAAAUAUUGUGAAGUGUUCUUGAAUUAGCUUAUUACUGGUGAAUUAAUAAAUAAAGUUAUUUUCUUUUAAGACUAAAAUUAUCACAAUUUGAUCUGGAAUUUCCACACACAAAUUUUUUAAUUAACUUUUUACUUUUUUUUCAGCCUCAUAAAUUUGUUUACUACACUCUAAAAAUACUAAAAUAGUAAACUACUCUUUAAGAAAAUGAUGAUUUAAAUUUAAAGUAAAGAAUGAUGUUAAACAUCAUAGAAAGUGUUCAUUCUUGAAUAUGACCAUAGUGGCCUGUAGUGAGUCUGCCACACAACCUAGAGGUUGCCAGUUCACAUUAUUUCAAGGUUAUCCACAGCUAUGGGUGUACAGAUGGCAGCAAUGACUUGUAAGGCCAACUAGGUAGUUAUUCUUGGGAGGAGGAGGUAAACCCUAAGUAAAAUAACCCCAGUCACUGAAAUGGGAAAAUAACAGCACUUAAAGAAAACUAAAGAGUAAUGAUGCAUUUAUUUACCAUACAUGUAGAGAAAGUGGGCAGAGAAAGAGUGCAAAUGUCAGUUAAAAUUACAAGUAGAGGAUUAACAAAAACUUAUAUAUUUUUUUGUUGUUGAUAAACAAUGAUCUCAAGAACCAAAGAAAGGUGUAUGUUGUGGAAAAUUAAAAGAAUUGCCAGCAAGCUCUAAGAGAAUAUGAAUCUUUUUAUUUGCUUAUAUAAACCCAUUCCUAUCGAUUUAAUUACAUUUAAAUAUCAAUACCCGGUAAUAGAAAUGUGAGGAGUGCUAUGGGCUGUUUGGUCAAAAUUAUUCACACAAUUUAUGUAUAAAAAAUAAAAUGUUACUUGAUACUUGUAUAAAUUGUUGAUGUUUAAAUAUUUUAAAAAUAUAUUUUGUCAUCACUGUAUUCAGCAAGAAUAAAUUUCUUAUAAA